AUGGAGGACAUUACGCUUGAGCCUCCGACGGAGGGGCAGAUGGACGAGCUUCAGGGUUUCAUCCAAGAACUUGCACACCAGAAUAGAAUGCGGGCACAGGAUGGGGCUCAGCCAAGGCGUAAAUCAGUAUAUUACAAGGAGUUACGAAGCGCCUCCAAAACUCUCGGGGACAAGGGAAGGCCGGUGGCUGGGGCGGCGGUGCUUGCUGCCAGUCCAGCUACAGCUGGCGGCACUGGAAAGGAGAAGGCACAAGGGGGUGCUAGCAGCAAGGCCGCGAUUGGCAAGCAUGCAACGACCGCGGGGUUGUUCGGUGACGUGAUCUUCUGCCAGGCGCACGGCAAGCGGAAGACCCUUCACACGAAGGAUCUGGACCUAGCGCGCAGGAUCCGCGGGAUUCGGAACGAAGACAACACUCUGCCCUUGCAAGCCGCCGUGGAGCACGGCCUUGGGCACAAACGUGAGAAGGUCGGGUACGAGCCCGGCAAAGCGGAUGAAAAGAAAAGGAAGUCCGCAAAGCAAACCGAACGGGAGGCAAGAGAGAGGGCGACAAAGGAUGUUAAAUGGGUUCAGAAGGCGGAGUUGCAGCGCCAGACGCGAAUGGCUGCGGAGCGCGCGGCUCGGGAAGCUGCGCAUGGGCCUCAGGGAGGGGCUAAAAGGUCAAAGCAGAGUGGAAAGAGGGAGAAGAGAGCGGCUUGA